AGGUGCUCCUCAUCCACUCUGAUUACCUGCUGCCUGUUUGGACCAUCUGGUUCCUCCUGUGAGUUUGUUGUACGCUCACUUCAAGACCUGGCAUUGCUCGCUGUUUUGAGCUGCCCGGUUUUGAACCUUUGCUUGUUUGAGUUUUUUUUUUAACCUUUUCCUUCUGCCUGCUGUAUUUGGACAUUUUUACCUUUCCUGUGGACCCCCACCCAUGUGCUACACCUUACCUUGAGAUGUGCCUGCAACUGUCACCACCACUUCCUGGCAUUAUUUGGUCCUGCUUCAUGAAUUCCUCCAUUUGGACAUCCUGAGAAGAAGAAAGAUUGUUGAGAACCCCUGGAAUUAUAAUAAUGGCAUACAGGAGGGACAGGGGUGUACGAGAAGCGUAUGAAGAACGCUUCUUAUCAGACAGGCCGGUGAGAGGCCCUUACUCUCGAGCAGGAGGGGAUAGGCGAGGCCACUUUGGCAGACCCGAAGAGGACUAUAACCGCGGCGGUUAUGAAUACGAAGGGGGUCCUCGUUUUUUCCCAAAUGGAGGUGGCCCGAGGAAUUACCAUGGAGAAGAUCAGCGGGGCUACCAUGGGGAUGGUGGUCAUUUCCCUUCAGAACGCAGAGGAGGUCCCCCGUCAAGAAGGGAGGAUUAUUCUUACAGAGGACCCAGGGAGGAUCCACAUACAGGACGGCCAAUGGAAUAUAGCAACCGUGCACCACCACCUCACAAUGUGCGAAACCAGGGCAUGUACCCAGCACCCCGAUCACUACCAGAGAGCGGAGCAGACACGCUAGUACAAGCCAUCCUAAACCUGGAACGAGGGGACGACAGAGACCACUUCAGGAGGAAGGCAACUUCCUUCCCGCCUCCCAGGGAGCGCUCUCCUGCACGCCGAGACUCGACUCGUUCCCCCCACAGCCGCUCAGGCUCCAGCGUCAGCAGCAGGAGCUACUCGCCCGAUCGGACCAAAAACCUCCCCUUCCCCUCACAGCAAGGCAAGAGUGUGGAUGGUCCAGAGGGGAACACUGGUCUUACUGAUCACCUUUGGGGGGCGCUCUUUCCUCACAGUGGACAUGAUUCUACGGAAAAAAUCCCGGGUCUGUCAGGAGAAGGCUCCCCGCACAGUGCAACAUCAAAUAAGGACGAGACUCAUCCACCUGAAGGAGAAAAAGAGGAGCCGUUGACGACUCUCAUCACAGAGGACAGUCAGAAGACCACCACAGACGCCUUUAAACAGCGUAGAGCGCUAGCAAUCGCAGCUAAAGCCCAGGAGAUUGAAAAGGUGUACCGUCAGGACUGUGAAACCUUUGGAAUGGUGGUGAAGAUGCUGGUGGCAAAAGAUCCCAACCUGGAGAAGCAGCUACAAGUCCCUCUCAGAGAGAACCUCGGGGAGAUCCGUGAACGUUGCCUUGAGGAUCUCAAACACUUUAUCAGCGAACUGGACGAGGUCAUACAUCAGCCGGAAACCCCCACUUGUGACUCGGCCACCAGCUCGGCAAUCCACAGCAGUCAUAAACCUUCAAAGACGGCCAUCAAUCACAGCUCGACUUACUGACAAAAGGAGCCUGACAGAACAUUGCAGGAUAAACUUUUGACCACAGCGGACGGAUUUGGACACAUUGUGGAUCACAGGACGCACGCUGCAUUUCCAGGAUUUACACAUUUUACCAGCACAGGGGGUGAUGGUUAACCAGUGUUAAUUUUGAGUCUAUAAAUAAUUUUACAUGUUGGUGUUCUCUGUUGAAAGUCAGUGGGAAAAAAAGACCACGUGUUUAAGCUCCUCAUUUGGGGAUCACCAAUAUAAAUUCUGACAUUUUUCAAAUAAAAAAAAAUACUUUUGUUGUACUUUUUGUAUUUGUAAAUGUCAUUUUGUUGAAGGGUUGUACUUGAUAUCGGGAAUUACACACAAAAUGUCACAAAACCUGGAGAAAGUACGACUAUUUCUGCGGUUUUGCAAAAAAAAAUAUUUUAUUCCAAGCGUCUUUACAAUACUAGGUAUAUAACUGGUUAUGACACAACAGGCGUGGUGAAUAUUUGGGUUGAAUAUAGGCUUUACAUAUUUUGUUGCAAUAGACGCUGGCACUUAAGAAACGGCACCUUGCUUAAACUAUGAACAAGGUUUGUGUGCUUAGUUACAGCUGGUAUUUUCUUCAAUCACACUUAUUUAAACAACCAAUAUAAGAAAAUAUUAAAAUCUUAACUUAGUAUAUACAGUCAUUUUUUUUUUUACUAAUAUUCAUUAAAUAAUUAUCUGGUUAGUUUCAGCCUACUGCUAUUAGUAUCCACCUUUGACCGUGUACACUGUAUGUAUAUCUGCAAAACCAUUUUUAAGAACACUCAAAAUGUACUUUUUGUCCGCACACAAUUACAAAGGCCAUUCUGCAGCUCGUGCAUCACAUUAAAUCACAAUUUGAAAUGAAUUUACACAUUUAGGACUACAAUUUACAGAUUCUAUUUCGUCAUUGCCGCUAUUAAAAAUCCUUACAUAAAUGUAAGCCAAAUUAUAACGGAACAUAGUUUUUAAAAACCUGUACAAAACAUUUAAACAAUCAAAAAAAUAAAACACUUUUUUGUGCAUUUUAGAGUUUGAAUGCAGUUUUUAGCCUUAUGAGAUGAUACAGUUCUUGGAGCGGUGGCUUUUUCUGCGACCAGUCUUUGAGCCACGGACUUGGGUAGAGAGGGCGGUGACCCUGGGGUAGUCCUCUGCAUAGUAGCGCACAGCGGGUCUAGGCUGGGGGAUAGGUUGACCCAGGAAGUAUCCUUCUUCCUCAGAAUCCGAUGAUGACGAGCAAGUGGAACACCACUCAUCCUCAUACAGACCCAUGAAACGCUCAACUCGAGGAUCUCCUUGAGAUGCCUCCUGAAUCAUGUAGUCUGACGGGGUUUGAGAGUAGGCCAGAGGCUGUCUCGGAGAAGGAUGUCGAGGGUUAACUAGAUUCUGUCUGUGCUGUCGAUAGGGUCUCUGCGCUUUUUCUAAAGGAACCACAUUAAGAGCAAUAUCCGAGUGGGUUUUACGGCUCCUGUGGUGCCUACUGUGAUGGUGAUGCUGUCUGUUGCGGCCAUGAUGACUGGAUGGGCGGCUUCUGUCUCUUCCCGCCUCAUCGGUAGCGAAUACUCUCCUCUGCGGUCUCUCACUCAUGGGAUGCUUUCUAAUAUUAACCUCAAAACUAUCAUUGUAUCCAUUGUCCACAGUAUCUUCUGUGAACUUCACCAUCUGAGGAGGCCUGGACUGUGACUUGGUUCUCCUCAGAGCAGGUGCAUGGACAAACGGAGAUGGUGGCGCUUCGGAAUGAGCGUACAAAGAGCAAAGUCCUCCUCUUGUUGAUAGGUCUACUUCCUGUUCUUUUUCCUGUUCUUUUUCCAUGUUGAGAUUGAGAGAGUUGGUACUGCGAUGAAGAUGAGAGGAGUUAAAGGUCCCCAUGUUGCUCAUUUUCUCACAGCCAUCUCCCACCAAAGGAUCUUGCACCGCAUGCAGGGAGUAGAUCAUCGUCCUGUCCCUGCCAUCUCCAUCAACCGAUGCACCUACGGAAUAAGAACAUUUCUUUUUAAAGGCAUUUUUAUUUGGGAAUAUUGGGAAUUUAAAACAAAUAAGUAUCUUCUUCCUUACCGGUGAUGUUUGACAGCGCUAGGGAGUCCAUAGAGUCUCCGACACCCUGGCCAGCCUUCCUCAGCUCAUCAGCAAUACAUUCCAGUGUAUCUUGGUACCACUGCCUAUUGUCUGGCCACAGAGCGUGUUUUCCUUGAUCCUGAUCCUGAUCCAAGUCUAACUCUUGAAUCUUUCUAGCACUGGCAGGUCCUGGAUGACUUCCAUACGCCGAGUCUCCUAACCCAUCUUGUGACUGGGUCCAGUACAUUUCAGGAAGAUGCUUCUUGCUAAUGAGUCUCGGGCUAAGGUUGUUGGCUCGGGAUGGAUUGGAAGUCUGACUCUGGGUGGGACUAGUAGGGGUAGGAGAUGAGGCAAUGAUUCCCAGGUUUUCUGGCUUUAACCAAGGAUCAGAAACGCUUAUGAGACGGUUUCUUUCAUUACUGGAACUUGGAGAUUUUAGGGAUGGCUGCUGUAUCUGGUGUAACAUUUCUUGGUCGCCAAACUUCAGCAGGAGCUGAGUCAUAUAGUCCUCAUGUUGGGCCCAUUCUUCUGGGUCCUCCUCAGCGCCGGCAUCCUGGUCUUCACGAUCUCUCCAGAACCGUUCGUCAUCCAAUCCCAGAUGGGAAAGCUUCUGCCCAGCAAUAUCCACAUCUUCAUCAACUUCGCAUGCGGACACAGUGGUGGAAGCGUUUAGGACUUGUGACUCUCUCCACUGCUCUGAGGGUCUGCUGCUCUUCCCCAUGCGGACGCUGCGUCUGGAUUCACGAGAGCGAGCAGACUGGAAGGCGGAGUCGGACGAGUCAGAAGCGUGGAUAUCUUCUCCUUGGCUGCAGGCCUUUGAACAGUAAAUGCGACCUUGCUUCGGGAGGAAGGGACAACCGAGCAAGGAGGUCUUGCACUGGGCACAAGCGAAGCACUCGUCUGUGGCAUGCCAGUGUCCUCCUUCGUAGGUCAUUUGAGCGUGGUCUACUCCUGUGGGACGAACGGUCCAUUAAAUCGGGGAAAGGAACGUGUAUUUUUGCAAUGAAAGCUGUUGAAUCUCGAAUUCGAAUUGACUUACCGAUAUUUUCACCACAAGCCUCACAGUACUCUGCAUACAGCGACUCGAAACAGCCACAGCAGAAUGGCCGACCUUCUUUCAUGAUGUAGCGUUGCCCCCCUAACAUUAUCUCACACUCGAAGCAGGCAAAGUGCUUCAUAUGCCAGUGACGACCCUCCGCUUCUGUGCACUCGUCCGCUAAGAUAAUCUGUUGGAGAAAUACGUACACGGUUAAACGGUUAAACGCAAAAACACGAUCAUAGAUGACACCGCCGUUGCUUACCUCAUCACAUGAAGAACAUCUUGGUUUCAGAAGCUCAGCAUGGUGUCUCCCGCAAAGGAUCUUGCCAUUUUGGUAGAAAUAGAUCAGGUCCACAAGCAACUCUUGACAUGUGACGCACACAAAGCAUGCUGGGUGCCAGCAGGGGCUGGAUCCAGCUCUGGAGGCAAAAAUCGCCAUCUCCCCUCCAUUGAUGCCACCUUCACACUGCAAAAUAACAUAUGCCACAUAUUCACACUGUAGGCAUCUUGCUAAUGCAGUGGCUUACAGUUAAGACACUGUAAUUAAGCUGGAAUAGGAAUAAAUCUGUUCAUAAGUACUGUAUGUUCACAUCGUGGUAGGACAACAUUUCAAAAUAGACGUGUUGAUGCCGGUUACACUUGAGCAAUGCAGCACCAGCAAAUAAAAGAUGCCAUCGCCAUACACGAGACCUUAGAGCAGGGGUCUCAAACACGCGGCCCUACGCGGACACUAGAUUGAGGCCCCCGCCUUGAUAUGAAAGUUUAAUGUUAGUGCGGCCCGCGCAAGUUUGAUAUGGAUGCUGUAUGGUAUCAUGUACCCAGAAAAAAUUAUUACGUUUGAUUAAUGUUCAUGUUAAAGGUUAAAUAACUGUUAUCCUCCCUAUCCGUGUGGAAGUGGUAAGUUUUUGGCUAUUUAAGUUUAAAGGAAAUAACUUGAAGGCUACCGUUUAGGUCGCUAGCUCUCUAGUUUGCGAGUUAGCAUGUGUCUCAAGACCCUGCAGUUGCGCAAUAUGUAAAUAAAAAGAGUAUAAAUGCGACUAUAGUCGUGUUUUGUCUACAGGGCUCUAAUAAUGCUUUGUUAAUUUUAAUCUGAAAAAAAAAAUUGUCUACCCACCAACUAUAUGUGGUUUUGUUAAGUUUUUAUUAUUUGCUGUUUUAUUAUUAUUAUUAUAUUUAUUUAUUACUGAUUGAUUGAUUUUCGAUUUGAUUAUUUUUCAUCUUAUUUUGUGUAGAAAAAUAAAAAGUAAGAUAUUUGAGAACAGUGGAAUGUUUUAUCAGAGCUUUUCUUGUAGAAAUUGUUUUAAAAAAAAAUUGUUUUUAAUAAAUGUGUAAAGUUACUAACCAUGUGAUAGGGAUGUGAAAACUGCACUAAAUAAUUCAGUGUAUCUCUUGAGCUUGAACAGAGCUCACCGGCUUUGUCUUGAGUCGACAAAGAUCACAUGUCUCCAGAGAGGUUGUCAAAGCAUGUCUGAAGGUGCAAUCACGGGUCUUUAUUUAACCCAGAAGAGCGAGGGGACACCGAUAGCAUUGCAUGCCCAGCUGUUUGCCAUUAUUCCGAGAGUGGACAGACAGGGGGCCUUGGCUUAUGUAUGUCCCUGAGAAUGACGGAAACUGGAGACUCGUAUAUUUGUAUGUGAACAUGUGUGCAGUCACGGGUCUAGGUAUACAAAAGCAUGUCUUAUAUGACAUAUGGCCUGAGUAUGACACUAUGGAUUGGUGACAGGGUGGCAUUUCCAGUACGGAUUAGUGUUUGUGUGAGCAUGUGUCACUGCUUUUCAUUAUUGGAUGAGUUAGUUAGCAUCUGUGUUUGGGGUGGUGACGUGAGGAUGUGGUUUCCUCAUCGGUUAGGACUUAAUUUGUUCAAUGUUGAAGGAAUGUUUUCCGUAAGGACAUCUUGCAUGUAAACAAGGAUUCUGUGUUGGUUGAGAUCUCACAAAACAGGGGAUAAUAAUUAAGUUUAGUUGUCCAAUCGCCUGCAGUUUGCAUCUAUUAUUAAAGAAUCCAGACACGUGAAGGUCAUACGUGGCAUCCCAUAGGGCUCUGUGCUAGGAUGUGUACUGUUAUAUGUCCCCCUUAGGAAAUAUCAAUAAAAAACAUUAAUCACACACAACUCUUUAUCAAUGAAACCUACCAAAACUGAUCUGCUGUUCAAACUCCAUGCAUGUCUUAAAGACAUCAAGAGCUGGAUGACCUCAAACUUAACGUCCUUCUUACAUACUGCAUAAAGCAAACCACAGCCUGGUAUACUAUUGAAUACUGCGCUCCCAGCAUUUACACUUACUCGCUACUUGCAACUCCUACCAUUUUUAUGAGUAGAAAGGCAGGUAUCAGGCUCCUCUGUUAUGGCACCAUCUCCCUGACUCAUUUUGGUAAUGGUUUAAUUUCAUUUGAACAUGCAUCAGAUUACAAUUGAAUGCAUCACAUAAUCAGUUCACAGUUCCACAUGUCCAAAAGGAGUAGGAAGAAGCAAAGCUUAUUAAAUCCUACCCCUCCAUCUGGUACUUUUAUAAUCAGUAACUGUUACAUUUGUUCACUUCCUGCUUUCCCAAUAUAGUAUUUUUUAUUUUAUUUUAUUUUUGUCACGUACCAAAGUAUGAGGUGAUAUGACCAUACAAUGACAUAAUGGGUACCAUAGUAAGUGUCAAUAUAGUGAUAUAUAUAUAUAUAUAUAGCACAUCAUGACUGGUUGAAGACUCUUCAUCCUUGUAUUUAGCAAACAUCAACUGCUUGUAUUGUUUCUUGAAUUGGCUCAUCGUUGUGCAUUGUUUGAGGUCCUUACUCAAUCCAUUCCAUAGUUUGAUUCCACAUACUGAAAUGCUAUAGCUUUUUAACGUAGUCCUAGCAUAGAAGUGUUUCAAAUGUACUUCUUCCCUGAGAUCAUAUUUCUCCUCUCUUGUAGAGAAGUACUGAAUGACAUUUUUAGCUAAUUGGUUAUUUUUAGCUGUUUGAAGAUGAACUAUAUCAGCAAGUUUAAGUAUUUGUGAUUUUAGAAAUAAGGAGUGAGUAUGUUCUCUGUAGGCGGCAUUAUGAAUUAUCCUUACUGACCUUUUUUGCAGUACAUUUAGUGAGUGAAGAUUGCUUUUAUAGUUAUUACCACAUAUUUGCACACAAUAAUAAGAUAUGGAAGAAUUUGAGUAGCUUUUUGCGACAUCAUAUAGCUGUAACCUUCAUGUGUAAAGUGCCAUGAGGUUACUGUUGUAAUAUGGCGCUAUGUUAUAAUACAUUAAUUUGAAUAAUUAUUCGACAAUACAUAUUUAAAUUCCAACAGAACUUCAUGUAAGAACCCUUUAACUAUUGGAUGCUUAUCCAAAUGGGAAUUGUUGGAACUUGGAUGCCAUUCCGCUUGUAGUUCUUCCAUAGACUGAUUUUGGAACGGUUGUAUUAGGUGUAUGAACCUGUUGCAGCUCUAGAUUGUUGGCAGGAAAUCGGCAAGACCGCUUGAGGAAACUGAGCAUUGGAUUUCUUCUCAAAAAUAAUGAGGGAGAUUUAUUAGAGAGUUCCAAACUACAUCAGCCAAUCAGACAAGCUUAAGAUAUAAAUAGCACAGAGGUUGUUUUUUCUGCCUGAUUCCUACAUGACCUCUUCGUUAAUGUGUGUAUGUGUGUGUGUGUGUGUGUGUGUGCUACCUACAUUUUCACAGCGAGUGUGCUGCAGAGCUCGGGGCAAGAUCUUGGGCGUUCCCCUCCCGAGUGCCUCUCUCUUCCGCUGGGCGCUGAACAUGUGAAGCUCCCUCUUCUCCUCCUCUGUUAGAGAUUGGCAGUAACGAACCUAUUCGAGACAAAAGUUGUUUUUUUUUUAUUGUUGCUGCCAAAAAGGAAAUAAUGCAGUCUGAAAAAAAGUAGUUUAUUUGAAAGUCAUCCGCUGGAGGCUUUUGUUGAAAGGAUGGCAUGGGCGAGACGUAAACUCCUUCCUUGUGUUUAGAGAAGGUGAUGAAUGCCCAGAUAAAAGACAGCGACUAUCCCAACAGCAUGCGGGUGUGCACUUUCUCCCUCCCUACCCACAGUUACGCAAGGAAUUCUCCUCAAUCACUAACAAACAUUAUAAAAAACCACCCCAUCAAACACUAAUGUUUAUAUAGAGACCACCUCAGUCAGACGGAGCGGCCCAGCCCCUCGUGUGGCCUGAUAAAGCCCUCCGCCGUAUCUUCUAAUGUAAACUCUUAUCAGUGCAGAUGUGAAAGGAGUGCUGCUUUACGCACCAUAAAGCUGUUCUACAGACGAGGCAGCGCGGCCAUUGUUUUGUUUGUGUUAGUCUAAGCUUUAAUCAGCUGCUGGCAUUUUAUUGCUAACAGCGUCCUCUCCUUUCUGUGACACAUUUCUCAGAGGAAAAAAAAAAAGUGACACAUAAUUUACAAGUUCUUCAUAGCUUUACCUCAUUGUCGUGAGGCGGCAGCUGGUAGAGGAGUUGCCGGAUUCGAUGUUUCUCACCAGAGCUGUUAACAUACGGAACCUUGUCCUCAGGCAGACAGGAAAAAUACAUCUGGACCUGCAGAUGCAAGAAGGUAUUAGUUUUUGUAGUCGUCUUGCAACCAUCACACUUUGGAAUGAAUGAGGACACAAAUAUGGAAUCAAUGAAUGGAGAAUGGCUGCUACUGUGUGUGCACGCUCUUAUUUUUUCGAUUCAGCCGGCCAAACAUGUCAAUCUUGAUCCUGUCACAGGCAACCGACUGUGAAAUCUCUCUGGACACACGAGCGAGCGAUGUUUGCUUAACCCGUUUCCCACUAAAAGUAUAAAAUGUUUACGUAUUCUGAGUAUUUUGCGGGGAGGAAAAAGGCAUGCAACAUGCAAAAACACACAAACUAGCCAUUAGCGAUUAGCCGCAAACUGAACUGUAACAGUGUUGAGGUCUUAACCUGCUCAGGCCUAAGUCCUGGAGGCACCCAUGCGUAUUCUUCCAACGCACAACCCGAGUCGUCAUCCGAGGUGGAGCUUCUCUGGAAACUCAUGGACACCUUGCCCUUUUUCACCCCAGGAACAGGCUCCAUCUCUGGGCCUCGAUGCGAUAACCGCUCCCCUCGUUCACUGCGCUCCAGGUUCAUCAUGUACGGGCGCUGCAGACAGAGGAAAAAAAAACAAAACAGUAUAAUAUUUUAUUUUAAUUCCUUUGAUGUUUGAUAGAAAUUCAAACAGCACUUAACAAGCCAUUCGGAGGAUGUGUAAUGGAAAAAUCUCAUGGCUUUUUGCCAUUAAUUCUACAUUAUGUAAAUUGUGCCUUGUACAUUUUAGGACAUAUGUGUACUGUACGUUCUUUUAAAACCCGCACACGGUGGGCUUGGAUAAACUAAUGUUCUCAGCCAGCAAACAUCUGUUAGCAGGUUGUGUAAUAACAUACGUAAGCCAACCACGACCAGAUGACUUGUCGCUGUAUGCAUCACAGCAUAAACGGACUAUUGGAUUAGUUGAAUCGACUGCAUACUACUACAUGAAGAAGGCUGUCCUCUUAUCUGAUAGCAGUGCUUUGGUCUUUUUUUUGUAGGGGGGGGUAAAAAUGACUUGUGAUUUACCCCCCCAGUCUCUUUCACAUGCAAAUCUGCACCAGAACAGAACUUGUUUGGGGGCAAACAAGUACGCUUCACACCAGCUUCCCAAAGGUCACAUAGGUGUGAUCUAUGACUAUCAGCGUCAUUUCGGAUGUGGAUGGCCUCUAUUGGCAAAACAAUGGCAUGCUACUUGACUUUAACUGUUGGGUCAACUGUGGUGCUUGGCUGUGAAUGAAAAAUUUGGAUCGCAAACAAAAGAAAAACGUCUGUCGCUUUAAACUGCAGACACACAGCUGGACAAGUAUUAGCAUUCUUUCGAUUAGCAUACAGUUCCGUUUAAGAAAAGCCCGGGGCCUCAAAACAGGACAUUUGCACAUUUAAAAAAUGCUCUUAAAGGGCCCGAGCAAAGCUCCUGUCAUGGGACAAAGGGGUAUUUGAGUGUUGCUUUGUUCUUCUGUGACUAAUCUAUCAGGUUUUAUGGUUGGCUAGAUAAUGUUAUCACUUUGGAGAUAUGUCUUUUUCACCUGUUCUACUCGACUAUCUCAGGUAUCCUAGUUAGGACCAGUAUCAGAUUUAUUUGGUGGUUUCUCAACAAUUACAGUUUUGGAUGCGGUAAUGACUGAAUGCAUUUAUUUAGUCUGCACCAGAACCAACCAUAGAAAACCUAUUUAACCUAUAUAAUGGGUCAUUUCUUAAUAUUUUUAAUACUUUUAGAUUCUAAUUCCCUCAUUAGAAUCAGAAUCGGUUUAUUGCCAGGUAUGAUCAAAUACAUACUAGGAAUUUGUUUUGGUGAAGUAGAAGCAGACACAUCUAUUUAAAAAAUGGAAAUACAAAAUAUACAGAAUAAACAGUAUAAAUAUAUGUACACAGUCUGUUUUUUGUUUGUUAUUCCGGAAGUGCAGUUUUUCCUCUAAGAGUCCAAACUGAGCAUCAGACACUUGGGUUGAAUGAUUUCCUACCCCGUCUGCAGUAUGUAAGACACCCACCAGACACCCACCACCUCUGGAUGCUGGCAGCAGUGUGGACGUGACAGGGGGAAGGUUGUGGCACUUUUUUUUUUUUUUUUUUAAAUAAGGCGUCUAAAGAGUCAGAACAUCGGGGCCUGUGUAAACACGGGCCAGAUGUAGCCGACUAACGGUUAACUGCAUGCUCCUCCCCCGCUUGACUGACACUUUUCAAAGAGUUUAUCCUUCACUGCGAGCAGGAAUGGUGGGUUGGAAAAAGUCGCCUUUUGAAUAAAUCAUAAUUUCCUUAAAAUGGUAAUGACAUAUUACCAGAAAUAAAACAGAAUAGAUAUUUAGAGCUCAAUUUGGAGACAAAUGUUCACGCAAAGAAAGCAAAUGUUUCGGAAAAGCAUUAAACGGUGGAGUUCAAAGGCCGAGGUCAUCCCUCUUUCACUGGUGAAGUGUGUUAUUUUAGGGCCAAAUGGGUGCCGGAAUGAGGCCACUUGCGCUCACACAUAAAUAUACUGCCAUUUACUUCACCGUCUCAUUUGCAACGCAUUAUAUGAUCAUUUUUAGUUCAUACCUCAAGGAAAAGCAUCUUUUUGUCCACCUGAUCGGAACCUUCAAUUCACUUCCUCCCAGCGACACCAUGUCCAAACUUCAUAUCUGCAGCAUCAAAGCCCAUAUGGCUUUCCUUCUAAUCAGUUCCAGAUCCACCUUAGUCUUAAAGUCCAAUUCCCCCUCUCUUUGCUCCUGUCUUGGCGUUAAGGAGGCACUCUGCAGAUGCAUUUAAGCAUCCACAAAUCCUCCAAGGUCCAAGAGAGAUGAUGUCUCUAUCUGUGAGUGCCUCAGAUGUGUUGAGUGUGUUUGGGAGUGCAUGAGUGUUGUAGGCAAGUCUGCAGACUCUGGCCCCGCCCUCAUUCCUCCCCCUCACCAGCAAAUAGCCUGCCACUGCACUUCAAUCUAACACACACCCUUUUCCUCCACCAACUUGACUGAAAAGUGCCAGAUGAUACGUCCGCUCUUCCUAAACUAAAUACAGAUAAAUGUACAGUGUAGCGGUGCACACUUCAAAUUCCACCCUUAUUGUUGAUUAACAGUAUGACAGGCUCAUAAAACAUAUUGAAAUUAUGACCUUUUAUGCUUCAAAGCAGCACUUUUUCAAACUAAACCCAUUUAACUUAGUCUGGCUUCAAAUAUAUCAACCUUUCUUUAUAAGUUAUGGGGGUAAAAAGUUGAAGAAAAACAGUCCACUUGAUUAAAAAAAGCAAAUCAAUAGCGAGCACGAGUGACUUGGCCCCCACGUCGAGGCAGAUUGAAGGUGACAUUAUUUGGACAAGGUCACAACCAUAUGUCAUUGUGAAAGCCUUGAAAAACAGCCAUCAUUUAAGACGCUCCGGGAUGAAAAAUGAGUUUACUCAAUUGUCCGGACGGACAAAGACAGCCGCCCCCCCGCCCUGGCUCGUCCCCCCCACCCCACUCACUCCACCCCAUGACAACCCGCCUAAAUGACUUAACAGAGGGGACGACGAGGGACUGUUUGUCACAUGCCAAAUUAGCAGCUACAAAUGAGAAAUGGCUCGGUUUGCUAACUCGCUUAAGAGGACGGAGAUGGAGGACGGACUCGUCUCCCUGCGAUGAAGUCGGGAGGGUAAUAUUAUUUGAACAAACAAAAACAGGAGCCUUUUUGUUCCUGUGCAGUAAGCACUAUGAGAGCACUAUUCUAGAGAAGAGGUGUGAGGCAGGUCCUCUGCACAGCAGCUUGAGUAAAAUAAAGAAAAAUAUUUUUUUUUAUCCAAACUUACUCAGCUGAGUAUUUUGUUGUUGUUGUUGUUCCUACGGCGAAAACAGUCUGGGAUGAGCUCCAAACGGUGCCACACUUUGAAAACCCCUCAUGUUGAGCAUUGUAAUAUACUCUGCCUUAAGAUAUUGUAUAUCAAGGGUGGGAAAACUAUGGCCCGGGGGCCACAUUAGGCCCACCAAGCGUUUGAAUCCGGCCUGCCAGUUGCUUUCAAAGUAUUGCAACUUUUAACAUACAAACAUGACUUGCAAGUCGGAUGUCUUAUUUAGUAAAAAAAAAAACUGCAUAAUUAAAUUACAUAGUUUGAUGUGGUGUGACGUUAAAGUCCUCUUGGAAGAAAAAAGGGACAUGAGAACAUACAGCUGAUAGUAUAACACUUUUACAGCUAAAAUUAGACAAAUAAUUCAAGGAAAAUUAUAAGCAUAAAAUAGUUUGUUUGUGUUAAAUAUAUGUUCUGCCCCCCCCCCCGGACAAUUUUGUUAACUCAAUUUUGUCCACCCCUUUUGUAUAUGCAUGGAUGGAGAAAGGCUAUGAAUAAAUUAAUUUGUCAAAAACUGACUGUAGGUUACAUUUAAAUGACUUAUUUUAAUACUGUCUUUGUCACUUUCUGUUAAAGAUAAUGAUUCUCCGCACGCUUGUAUCAAUUUCAGUGGAAAAAGAACCACAUUUGGCAACAUUAAUGAAAAAUUGACACCUCGCUGUGAGGAAAAAAGAUGAUUUCACCCAUAUAUAUGGGUAUAUAUUGGAAUAUUAUAGCUAUUCUUUAUGCUCCAAUGAUUGUCAAAGUAUUUCAAUAUGUUCUCCAUAAAGUUACAAUAAUUGAGAAAGACGACAAGAUACGAUUUCUUCUAUGACUGCCAUAUAAAGCAAUAAUAAUGGAAAAUGUGAUAAUAUAAUAAUAAUUGCAUUGGGUUGAAAUGGCCAUGUAUUUCCAUGUGUAUCCGAAAGCAGCUACGAUAAUGGAGGCAAACAAUGAGCUCGGUUAGGAAAGCCUGAAUGGAGCAUGAGUGGCCUCAUCCCACACAAUAGACACAUAUCAGCCUUUCACACCGGGUCUGGACUUGUGGUUCUUUAGGGAACACAAUAGGAACGUUGACCUUGUCUCAUCUGCUUCCCCUUAAGAGAAGAAACUUUUCCAACGGAUUGUUCCUGCUGCAAAAUGAGUUUUCUUGAUAUUGUUACUGGUUUGGAUCCAUGGCGAGUUUUUUUUUCCCCUCUGCUACGUCAUGUCGCUUUUUUGCCGAGCUAUUAGACAUGUGUUGAAUUGAUUAUUCUGUGGUCCAAUUCACAUGUCCGACACUCAUGCUCACAAACGUAACUAAUGGAGAGUUUAUGCAGUCACCUAUGACCCCUCUAGCUUUUGCCAAUACAAACACAUGAUGUCCGUAUAGUGCUUUAGAGAGUGAAUGGCUGAUUUUAACUUUCAUAAAAUACUUUAGAUUUGUUCCUUUUUGAGUACAAAACGCACCACUUGUUGCUUGCCUGCACAUCUGAUCAAUCAAAUGCUAAUUCCGCCUGUCCUGAGUCGGCGGGGAGGCUUUUAUUAUGCGACAGUACUCAGUUUUCAUUUAUAAUAGUCAUUCACACCUCCUCUCUACGACCACCACUGUUACGCCCACCCCCAGGAGGUACGAGUGGGGUUCAAUGAGUCCUUACAUUGCAAAUAUCAAGAGGCAACGUCCCCCUGCAGUUCCCCCGAACUGUAAUUGCAAGACGGGCGAUGACAAGUCUCGACUUGUUGUGGUGCGGUUUGUUUUUAAAAAAAAAAAAAAAAAAGCAAA